AUGAUGGAAGUGGAACCUACUUCCUAUGCUGAAGCCUGCAAAGAUCCCAGAUGGAACCAGGCUUGUAAUGAAGAGUUGGCAGCAUUGGAAGAGAACCAGACUUGGGAAGUUGUGAAGUUACCUGAGGGUAAGAAAGCUGUAGGUUCUAAAUGGGUGUUCAAGAUUAAACAAAAAUCAGAUGGGACUAUUGAGAGAUUUAAGUCCAGAGUUGUUGCCAAGGGAUACACACAGAUUUAUGGGAUUGACUUCCUUGACACAUACUCACCUGUUGCCAAGAUUAAUUCUGUGAAAACCUUGUUGGCAGUGGCAGCUUCAAAGGACUGGCAUAUUCACCAAAUGGAUGUCUCCAAUGCAUUUCUGCAUGGAGACUUAGAAGAAGAGGUUUAUCUUGAAAUACCUCCUGGAGCUAAUGUUCCUAGAGGUCAAGGACUUGUUUAUAGACUUAAGAAGUCUCUUUAUGGGCUCAAGCAGGCUAGCAGGCAGUGGUUUGCCAAACUGACCACUGCAUUAAUGAAGAAUGGAUAUUCUCAAACAUCUUCAGACUACUCUAUGUUUGUGAGAUGGAUUCAAGGCAGAAUUGUUGUGGUCCUUGUGUAUGUUGAUGACAUCUUAAUUGCAGGCAGUUAUUUGGGUGACAUUGAGCAGUUGAAACUGUUUCUUGGGAAGGAAUUUAAGGUCAAAGACCUUGGCCAAAUGAGUUACUUUCUGGGCUUGGAAGUGUUGAGAGAUCAUAAAGGGAUCUCUUUGAGUCAAAAGAAAUACUGUCUGGAAUUAAUUACUGAUGCAGGGUACAUUGAAGCAAAAGGAUGUUUGUCCCCUGUUGAUUGUAACUUGAAGUUGACAGCUACACAAGGAGAGGCUUUGCCUGAUCCUACUGUUUACAGGAGAUUGAUUGGUAAACUCCACUAUUUGACUAUCACCAGGCCUGAUAUCACCUAUGCUGUUCAGCAGUUGGCUCAAUUCCAAGGCACACCAACUGUUGAACAUCUUCAAGCUGCUCAUAGGGUUAUCAGGUACUUGAAGCACACACCCGGGCAAGGUCUGAUUUUCAGGACUGACUCGAAAUUGGAAUUGUCAGGGUUUUGUGAUGCAGAUUGGGCCAGCUGCCCUGAUUCAAGAAAAUCUCUGACUGGUUAUUGCACUUUCCUGGGAACUUCUCUUAUCACCUGGAAGACGAAGAAACAAACGACUGUGUCACGUUCUUCUUCUGAAGCCGAGUAUAGAGCUCUGGCACAAGUUGUUUGUGAAGUUCAGUGGCUCGGGAAUUUGUUGCUGGAAAUGGGAGUUCAGGUUCCUCUUCCAAUCCCUCUUUAUUGUGAUAACAAGUCAGCUCUACAUAUUGCAGAAAACCCAGUAUUCCACGAAAGAACGAAGCAUAUCGAGAACGAUUGCCAUGUUACAAGGGAGAGAUUGAAGUCUGGGUUGAUUAAACUAAGCCACGUGAGAACUGAUGAUCAAAUUGCUGACAUCUUCACCAAGGGAGUGACUCGCUAUCGUUUGAAAUUCCUCUUGAACAAGCUGGGAGUCUUCAAUGCCUACUCGCCAGCUUGCGGGGGGUAUCAAUCCAGGAAGAAGACGACUGAUUUCCAACAGUCAUCUGCAGAAGGCGCGAGCUUGAAGAUUGAAGAAGAAACGUUUCUGCCUUCCCCUCCAUCUGAUGUUUAA